UGACAGCAUGGUGGUGGUGUCAGUCUGAGGGAGGGAGUUCAUCAGGUGACGAGCAGGCACCAGGCUUUAGCAGCUAGAUCUCCUCUCAUUCACUGCUCAGCUCCGCGAACACUGUGCAACUAGCUCCCCGGCGGAAGGAUACACUAAACUACCUGAAGAAAGUGUUUGAACCCCUGAGGCUCUACUUUAUUUUUUGUUUUAGACCCUGUGAGGCUGCAGAUUUAUAAAACCUUGUUGGGUGUUUUUGAGUGAAUCUCCCUCGGCAAAAUGGAGUCAUCUCUGGAGUUCUCCAGCUCUCUGGGCAGUGUGUCCUCGCUGCUGACCCGCUGUCGGACCUUUAAGGUGCUUGUGAUAGGAGACUCCGGGGUGGGGAAGACCUGCCUCACACACCGACUCUGCGCCGGAGACUUCCCCAGCAGAGUGGAGGCCACCAUCGGCGUGGACUUCCGCGAGAGGCUUCUGGAUAUCAACGGAGAGAGAAUUAAGCUCCAGCUGUGGGACACGGCAGGGCAGGAGCGUUUCCGUAAGUCCAUGGUGCACCACUACUACCGUAACGUGCACGCUGUGCUCUUCGUGUACGACGUCACCCGUCCUAACAGCUUCAGCGGCCUGACUGCGUGGAUCGAGGAGUGCAGGCAGAACUCCCUCGGGCAGGAUAUCCCCAG